AUGAAUCCUGAUAAUUUUCCCAAGGGCUCUAUCUCCCGUCCAAUGAAACGCCAUAAGAAGCUGCACGACAACAUCAUGGGAAUCACACGACCUGCUAUCCGUCGUCUCGCUCGCCGUGGAGGAGUGGAACGCAUGAAAAAGGACAUUUACGAUGAGGUCCGCAAAGCAAUCAAAGACCGUAUCACCGAGAUUCUGAGAAUUGUGGUCCUUGUGCUGGAGUCUUCAGAUAUCCACUGUCGCCAGCGAAAGGUGGUAAAUUCUCGCGACGUUCUCUACGCUCUACAGAGACUUGGUAGUACCCUGUACGGUUUUUGA